AAGGGAGAGCCGAAUAAGCUCCGACCAGCCGAGAAACCGACCUUCAGUCUUCUUCGUAAAAGCCCCCUAAACUCUCUUUCUCUGAUCGAAUCCGAUCCCAUAAACGCACGAUGCCUUCCCGUAGAAGAACCCUCUUGAAGGUCAUCAUCCUCGGCGACAGCGGGGUAGGAAAGACCUCCUUGAUGAAUCAAUAUGUAAAUAGGAAGUUUAGCAAUCAAUACAAGGCAACAAUUGGAGCCGAUUUUUUGACAAAAGAAGUGCACUUUGAAGAUAGGCUUUUCACCUUACAGAUCUGGGAUACAGCUGGGCAGGAAAGAUUUCAAAGCCUUGGUGUUGCUUUCUAUCGGGGUGCUGAUUGCUGUGUUCUUGUGUAUGAUGUUAAUUCAAUGAAGUCGUUUGACAACCUUAACAACUGGAGGGAAGAAUUCCUUAUUCAGGCAAGUCCUUCAGAUCCGGAAAAUUUCCCAUUUGUUGUUCUAGGAAACAAGGUUGAUGUAGAUGGUGGCAAUAGUAGAGUGGUUUCAGAGAAAAAGGCUCGAGCCUGGUGUGCAUCAAAAGGAAAUAUUCCAUACUUUGAGACAUCUGCCAAGGAGGGUAUUAAUGUGGAAGAAGCCUUCCAGUGCAUAGCUAAGAAUGCCCUGAAGAGUGGUGAAGAGGAAGAGAUAUACUUGCCAGACACCAUCGAUGUUGCAAGCAGCAGUCAGCAGCGGUCAACUGGUUGUGAAUGCUAAAUACAUGGCCCAAUUUUUUUCCAGUAAAAAUAAAUUAUCUUUAGAAGUUCUGGAAACAAUUUGGUUCCAUUAAGCCAUCCUUGUUGGCAUGUAUGAGGUUAUAUAUGCUGUACAAUAGUUUGUGUGAAACAAAUUGGUCCACUAAUGUUAGUUGGAUGUGGUUGUUUGUUGCCUUUGUGCAAGUACUGCUUUAUUUCAUCAAGUUACAUUAUUUAUGGUGGUUA